ACAGUUGAUAUUCAAGUAUUGAAGGGCAGCACCCACAUACAUCUCAGUUGGAAUUACACUUUGUCAGAAGGUUCAGAUCUGAGGACAACAACUUUUUCCAUCAAUGAUGGCAGCAGCUGGAAUGACAUUGGAGUUAUAUACCAUGCUGACAAUGACAUUGUGAUAUAUAACAAAAAUAAUUACAGGACGCGAUUUAAUAUCAGCGAUAGUAAUGUGGCCACCCUGAUAUUAAAAAAAGUGACUGAGGAUGAACGAGCGAUUUUCCAAUGCAAGCUCUCCACGCAAAGUAACUCUUGGACCUACAGUAUUCUCGUGAAUUUUACAAAACGACAUCUGAAUUGGGUGGAGCGACCGUUAUCUGUUGUUGCUGUUGAACGUCACAACCUCACCCUUCGGUGGACCUAUAUGAAAACACUCGGCCUAGCGUCGUUAUUUCGAGGAGCAGAAUUUACUAAUCUUAGCAGCGGGGAAAAAACCAUUGCAGAGAAAGUGUUAAAUACUGCACCAAUCGUACAUACAGCUUAUAGACCUCGUUUUCAUGUGGAUUAUAUACAAGAUACUAUGGCGUCUAUAACAAUUGUUGGACUGAAAAGAUCAGACAGAGGAAGAUAUAGAUUUGAUGUUAAAACCCUCAGGGAGGACAUCAACGAACUUAACACGCUCUCCAGCAUCAUGGAGCUCACAGUACAUUAUGCGGCGAGCAUGGCCAAUGUUAGCGACCACCAAACUGUGCAAGAAGGAUCUUAUCUUCAACUGUUAUGUCAAGCAUUUGGUAAUCCAACCCCAAACAUAACGUGGACCAAAGUGCUUGAAAAUAGUAACGAUAGUAAAGUGCUGCAUCAUGGAACCCAUUGGAAUUUAACAAAAAUUAACAGAACUGCUUCUGGUUUAUACAACUGUACAGCUGACAAUGGAAUUGGAAAUCCAGUGUGGCGGCUGAUAAAAGUCAAUGUUACCUAUUCUGCUAAGGUUGUUAAACUUGCUAGCGAACAUCACGUUGCAGUACAAGGAAGUGUGCGUCUUCACUGCGAAGCCGAAGGAAAUCCUCCGCCUGCUUACACGUGGUUCCCUUGUGAUUCAAAGACCCAAGCAUGUCAUGAGAGCACACUUACUGUUUCCAACGCUCUUAACGACGCUGUGUACUCUUGCAAUGUGGCAAAUGUUUUGGGUAAUGAUACAAGAGAGACCAAAGUUGUUAUAGCAGGCAAUGUGAUAAAUGUGACACUUUUCAUCAGUGAACAGUGUCCUGAUGAAAAUUUAUCUGAAUCCGUGUUGUGGAAGAACCUCGAACAAAAGAUCGAAGACCUAUUUAAAAAUGAAGGAUACAGGAGCACAGAAUUAACAAAUUACAGGUGUGGUAGCGUGAUUGUUGAUUUGGCCUUGAAGUUCAAUUCCUCUGUUAAAGAGGAGAAGGUGCUUUCAAUGCUAAAAGAUUCUGCAGAGAAUGGAGGGCUGAAAGAGUUGGGUGUGAAAGCUUCAGAAAUAGUAGGUUGGCGACCCGGAAGGCCAACUGAAGGACCCAACAGCUCAACGUAUGGCACAAAAACUACUGAAAAUGCAUCAUCCGCUGUACCUUCCGAACUCCCUGCUCAGAGCGGGGAUAACCAAGGUCUUAAAGAUUGGAUGAUUGCUGUUAUAGCUGGUGCUUCUGGUCUUGUCCUCCUCUUUGUCGUUAUAUUCUUACUUUGUUGGAUCAGUAAAACUCAGAAGAAGAAGAAGGGCUCCGGAGAUGAAGCCGUUGACAUGUCGACUACUUCGAGGUAUGUAAAGAAUGGCCCCCACCAUUCUGACAAGCCUAGCUCUAGCAGGGAAUCUAUUGAAGAUGAUCCAUUCAUUGCUGCGUCCACUUAUUCCCAGAAUUCAGUCGAUAGAAGGGACAGGAAGAGAGAUUCCAGUGUCAACUAUGGAUACCAACCAGACGAUUCAGAUCAACCACAAGGUGAAAUGCUGCUAAAAUCAGGCUCCCGUCUCCCCAAAAAUGACCGUCUUACGCAGAGUACAGGAGAGCUUGAUGUGACCUCCACAUAUUUAGCGAAAGGACCACAGAGAGAUUGCAGUACACUUCCCUCCUACCACAGACCACCCUCUUAUGAGGAAGCCUCGAAACAGAAAGAUCGAAUAAUGAUGACUGAACCAAGGCCGAGUACAUCCACAGGCGGCAGGCAGAAGCGACGGAAAAGUCCCCCGGAAGACAGGGCGGAAGAAGCCAGUGUAGCACCAAGUGAAAUGAGGUCUAAUCAAGACGGACAUAGAAGUGACAAAGACAAAGGACCUCUUGAUCCAACGGCGAUAUAUGCCAUGCCAGACAAGAAAAAGAAGUUGGAUAAACAAAGUCCUGCAUCCCUUGAAUCGGUUUUUGACCCUUUCAAAGCGAAGGACAAAUCUGCUAAAGGACCAAUUCUACAUAAUCCUGGCAACUUGGAUCUUGAUGGCCCCGCUAAUGCAUCUACAAGUGAGGGGCCAAGAAACUUAAUAAUCCCCAUUGAAAUGUUACCUAGCAACCGCCAAACGCCCCAAAAAGAUGAUACAGAAAAUGGAAAAUCAGAGCCUUCAUCACCUCUUAAUUUCACUUUGGAAAAACGUCCACGGAACAGUUCAAGCGGUGCUGUACGUUAUCAGCCGGAGCGGAGUAAACUGCCAUAUAGGAAUGUCCGUGGAGAACUUGUGAGACCAGAUACACUAUCACGAACUUCACAAGACUCGCACGACAUAAAACCAGAAACACUUCCAAACCAGUCGAAGCCCGUUGGGUCCCAGACUCACAGCAGGGAAUCAUCGGAUGCAAGCUACAUCACCUACGUGGUCUGAUGGCGCGGUAAUCUGUCUUCCAAACAGGUCACUAUUGUUGCUUUGAACCCAAGACAUCUAAUUAACUUCCAUACAAGUAUCAAUAACAGCUAUGAGCCCAUCUGAGUACAUAGCUUUCAGAGCUGCAGAAUGACUUCAUUCAAGGAAGACAACUUACGUCCACAUGGCCAGCCUUAAAAUUCCAUCUUUGGACCUGAUUCACUCAACUGGCCCGAUCUAACGAAAAUCUAACGAAAUUCAAAAAAGACUUAACAGUGAACUUAAACAUACUUAUGU